ACCUGGAAUAGAACAUUGAUAAAAAAUGUGGAUGUGUUGCAGAAGAAAGCACAAGUGUUCUAUAUAGAUUAUGGAUAUGAAGAAAAUAUUCCACUUUCGUGGAUUAAAGCUCUACACAAUGACAUUGAACUGUUGCUUCCUCCAUGUGCCAUUAAGUGUUCCUUUGCUAAUUAUGAUCCAAAACAAAAAGGAUGGAAUGGAGGCAUCACCAGCUUUUCUUCCCAGCUCAUGGGAAAGCACUGUUCAGUAACUGUUGUUGACAUACUACAGGAGGAAAUGAUGUUGAAUUUUGCUGUAGAUGUUGUUCUUCCAGAUGUUGGAGACUGCCUAGGUAAAGUACCUUUAGAAAUGAGGUAUGAUUUAAGUCCAGGGAGUAAUGUCAAAGGAGGGGACUCUCCAAGAGUGUCAGAAAACCAUUCUAAGGGAAGUAAAGAAAAAAUACCUGAAGAUGAAGAAAAAUCUCUUCAGUGUGGUAAUUUGGUUGCAGAGUGUGUCUCUGUAUGUAUCGGAGAUGCGUUUUCUGGAGUGGUCACCUGUGUUCAAGAUCCAGAAACCUUCUUCUGUCAGCAGAUAAACAGUGCCCGUCAACUUGCUGAGCUUCAAGUGUCUCUUAAUGAACACUGUGACAAAUCUCCCAGUAGUCCAGCUUUCCAUCCUGCUGCUGGAGAUGUGUGUUGUGCCCAGUUCACAGAAGACAACCUUUGGUAUCGUGCUGCUGUUAUAUCAUAUGCUUCUGAAGAUACUGUUGUGGCAGGCUAUAUAGAUUAUGGUAAUGUUGAAGUUCUUCCGCUGACUAGACUUCAUCCUAUGAUUCCAAGAUUAACUGACUUGCCAGCCCAAGCCAUAAGAUGUGCCUUGGCAGGUGUAAAGCCACCAUUAGGAGCCUGGACCUCAAAAGCUAUUUCUUUCAUGAAACAACUGGUGAAAGACAAAGUGUUCACAGUAAAAGUAGUGGAUAAAGAUAGCUGUAGAUCUAUGGUGGAGCUUGUAGAUGCAUCAGUUACACCAGUAAUAAAUAUAUCGAGCCUUCUCAUAGAGAAAGGCUGUGCAGCUGAGGAGUCAAGGAUGGCCCUACCAGCAAUCAGAAUGAGUGAUGUCAAGCAAGCAAAUGAGGAUGCAACAAACAAAAGAAUUUGCAAGUGGAGUAAAUUAACUCUUGAACAAACUGUAGAUGUUCUAGUGUGUGUGCUGUACAGUCCUGGAGAAUUCUACUGCCAGAUUUCAAAUAACAGUGAGUUAGUUGCUCUAAACUUACUUAACAAAUCAUUGUCUGAAUACUGUCAGAAAACUCCACCAAAUGCUUUUAAACCCAAGAAUGGAGAACCUUGCUGUGCUUUUUUCUCUGAUGAUGGCAAUUGGUACCGUGCUUUGGUGCAAGAUGUUACCUCACAUGGAACUGUUAAAGUAUGCUUUGUGGACUAUGGAAAUGUUGAGGAAGUACCACUGGAUAAAAUACGGCACAUCUCAUCCUCAUUCCUAAAACUUCCAUUCCAAGGAAUUAAAUGCUGGCUCUCAGGUAUAAAGCCUGGUAAUAGCCAAUGGAUUCCAGAAGCUACAGCAAGAUUUCAUAUGUACACUGCAGGGAUAAAGCUUCAAGCCAGAGUAACUUCCCUUUCCAAAGAAGGGGCAGGUGUAGAGCUUAUUGACAAUUCUACAGGUCAUCCAAAAGUGAUCAAUGAGAUAUUAACUUCUGAAAAAUUGGCUGUAAAGGAAGUUCUACAAGAUAAAAAUAAGUUUCCAAACAAGUCUGUUGACAAAAAAGAAACCUCACUUCGGUGUUGGAAGCCAAUUGCAUUGGCUAUAGGUGAAACCGUAUGGGUCUGUGUAACAACAGUUGUAAGCCUAGACUUGUUCUACGCUGUACUAGUUCCAACUAAAGAUCAAGAGAAGCUACAGAAGCUGUUGAUUGACCUACAAGGCUAUUGUAGAUCUCUUAAGAACCGAACCUUCAAACCAAAAGUGGGUGAAGCCUGUUGUGCCAAGUUUUCAGGUGAUGGCCGUUGGUACAGAGCUCUUGUUCUAAAUGUUUGUCAGUCUGAAGUGAAAGUACUAUAUGCAGACUAUGGGAACACAGAAACAUUGCCAGUUUCAAAGGUGCUGCCAAUCACUGAUUCCUACUUAAAGCUGCCUUUUCAGACAAUUAUGUGUUCCCUUGCAGGAAUUGAGAAAGCUGAGUGGUCUUCUUUAUUACUUGACAAGUUCAUAGAAACGGUAUUGAAUCAAUGCAUCACAAUUACAGUGAAAGGGAUUAAUGGAAAUGUUAAUUUAGUAAUGGUGGAAAAACUUUGUGAAAAUGGUAAUCUGAAUGUAGCUGACAAACUGGUAAUGGAAGGUUUGGUCAGCUCCUGCAAGGCUGAAGACUUGCAUAUUGAACAUCAAGGGAAUGGAGGCGAGACCAAAUGUUGCUGCACAGAAUUGAAAAUGCAAGUAAGAUUCAGUCCAAGCAGUAGUUGCUUUUAUGUUUCCAGAAUUUAAAAGAAAACCUAUGUGGGAAUUGAUAGCAACAUCAGCCUCAGAGCUUGCGGACCCUGUGGGAAAGCAGAGGCGCCGGAGCUGGGCGUGCAGCGAGGGCUGCGGGUCCGUGCCAGCCCCGCGGCAGAAGG